GGGAAAGUGGGAGUGGUGUCAAUGAGCAGGCAAGCUAACAGAGUCUUCUGCUCGGCAAGGUUUCAGCACGGGUAGCUAGUUCUUCGUGCUGUACCCACUUCAUUGAUUCGUUUACCAGGAUAAUAGCCUUGCAAAGAUGACAAUGGACGCUCUGCAACUAGCGAACACUGCCUUUGCAGUUGAUAUGUUCAAAAAACUGUGUGAGAAGGACAAAACAGCCAAUAUUAUUUUUGCCCCACUGUGUACCUCAACGUCUCUGGCUCUGGCAUAUAAAGCUACGAAAGGUGAUACUGCAGACCAGAUGAAACAGGUACUCCAUUUACAAGAUGUCAAAGAUGUUUCUUUCGGGUUUCAAACAGUAACUUCAGAUGUUUCCAAACUCAGCUCUUUCUUUGCACUGAAAAUGGUCAAACGGCUCUUUGUGGACAAGUCUCUUAAUCCUACCACAGACUUUGUCAACUCCACAAAGAGGCCUUUUCCAUCUGAACUGGAAUUAGUGGAGUUCAAAGAAAAAUCUGAGGAUACAAGACAGAAGAUCAACAAAUCCCUUUCAGAGCUAACUGAUGGCAAAAUGGAGAAUAUUUUGAAUGAGGAUAGUGUAAGCGAUCAGACUCAGAUCCUCCUAGUUAAUGCAGCUUAUUUUGUCACAAACUGGAUGAAGAAGUUCCCAGAGGCAGAGAUCAAAGAAUGUCCUUUUAAAGUCAACAAGACUGAAACUAAACCAGUGCAAAUGAUGAAUCUGGAAGCUACUUUUUGCCUGGGCUACGUAAAAGAAUUAAAUGUUGCCAUCCUUGAGCUUCCAUGCCUUAACAAACAUAUAAGUAUGCUCAUUCUGCUGCCCAAAGAGAUUGAAGAUGAGACCACUGGCUUGGAGAAGCUGGAAAAGGCACUCACCCCCGAGACCUUACUACAGUGGACCAAUCCCAGCAUGAUGGCCAACACCAAAGUGAAUGUAUUUCUUCCAAAGUUUAGCGUGGAAGGUGAUUAUGACCUGAAGCCGCUUCUGGAAAGCCUGGGAAUGACGAAUGUCUUCAAUGACAGCACAUCAGAUUUCUCCGAGAUGUGUGAGACAAAAGGUGUCAUUUUAUCAAAGAUCAUCCAUAAAGUCUCUUUGGAAGUAAAUGAACAAGGUGGCGACUCCCGAGAGGUACCAGGAUAUCGGAUUCUGCAACACAAAGAUGAAUUUAAAGCUGACCAUCCAUUUAUCUUUUUGUUUAGGCAUAACAAAACUCGCAAUGUGAUUCUUUCAGGCCGAUUCUGUUCCCCUUAA